UGUUUGCCCUGCUUGAUUAAUCGAAUCAUUUCUGUUGUAGGGAAAAGGGUUCGUUCGUGGGUUCUUCUCGUCCGGACAGAAUUUUAUGGAGAGGUAAUCCUGAAACCGCUGCUCUUGCGUUUCAUGGUACUACUCAGGUCACGUGAAAGUUGCGUUUGUAAAAGCAACAAUGCAGAUCAGCAUAAAGUACCCAUGUAUACCCCAGACUAGAAAUAUAGAAAUUUGCUAGGAAAUGAAACGGUGACUAGAACCUUCCACCAAAAAAUGCCCUCUCCGGAAUGGUGGAAGCUUAUAGGAAUCUGCUUGAUCGGAACUGAGACUGGAAUUCUCAAGCUCGUCAAAGAAGAAGGAAACAAUCAUCAAAGUUUGGUGGUUCAAGGGAGUAAUGGAGAAUAUGUCUACCUGAGCACUGAAGAAAGAGUGGAGCUGGUAAAGCGAGUAAGAGAAUUUCUUCCCUCCGCUUCUGAUAAAUUGCUGCUUGCAGGGUCAGGAUGUGAAUCUACUAAAGCAACUAUUCAAAUGAGUGAAAGGAUGGCUGCUGUUGGUGCAGAUGCUGUCAUGGUUGUUACUCCCAGUUACUAUAAACCAGGAAUGAAGGACAAGGCUUUACAUUCUCAUUUCACGGCAGUUGCUGAUAGAAGUCCAGUACCUGUCAUCCUGUACAGCGUACCAGCAUUUACAGUUAUUGAUCUUAGUUUGGAUGUGAUAGUAGACUUGGCACAUCAUCCCAACAUUGUAGGCAUCAAGGAGAGUGGUGGGGAUAUUACUAAAAUUGGAAAUAUUGUACAUCAGACACAAGGAUUAGAUUUCCAAGUCAUAGCAGGAUCUGCAAGUUUUCUAUUAGCAACCCUGCAAAUAGGUGGUGUUGGUGGUGUAGCUGCUCUUGCAAAUGUUCUUGGAAAGGAAGUAUGUGAAUUACACAAACUUUUUAGUGAAGGCAAAUUAUCAGCUGCAGUAGAUCUUCAAAAGAGGCUCAUUGCCCCGAACUCAGCAGUCACAAAAGAUUUUGGCAUUACUGGCCUAAAACAGGUGAUGGACUGGAAGGGAUUUUAUGGUGGUCCAACACGAUCACCUUUACAACCUCUUCCUGAAACUGAAAUAGCAAAGUUACGUAAAGUUUUUGUUGAGAGUGGGUAUCUGUAAAGUGUCAAUAGAUAAUAAAAUCUUUGUUGCUUAUUGACAAAUAAAUAUUUUAUAUAUAAUAAA